GAGGUCUAAUAUGUCGGACAACUCCAAGGAUUGUGUAAAAGUUGCGGUGAGAGUGCGCCCUUUAGUGGAAAGCGAGCUUGCGAAAGGUUGCCAGAAGGUGAUUGUGAAAGAGCCCAAUGAGCCCCAAAUCUCAGUGUCCGGGGAUCGUUUCUACACAUUCAAUCACGUGUUCAUGCCGGAGGAUGACCAGCCCACAAUAUACAACGAGGCUGUGAGGGAUAUGAUCGACAAAAUCUUUGAAGGCUACAAUGUGACAAUUCUGGCUUACGGACAAACGAGUUCCGGGAAAACCUACACGAUGGGGACGACCUACAGUGGGGAGGACGACAGCAGCUGCGGAAUAAUCCCGAGGGCCAUGUCGGAUAUCUUUCAGCAGAUUGAGGAGCUCAAGAAGCGGGGCUACACUUUUACGGUGGCAUGCACCUUCCUGGAGCUGUACCAGGAGGACCUCUACGAUCUGCUGUCCGACAAGCCCCGAGAGGGCAACACGUUGGACAUUAGAGAGCACAAUAACAACAUCGUGAUUCCCGGUGUGACUGAAGUGGCCGUUAGCUCGGCUCGUGAAACGACAGACUGCCUCAUUCGGGGCUCCUCUGGCAGAGCGGUUGGGGCGACUGCUAUGAACGCUCAAUCUAGUCGAUCGCACGCUAUCUUCUCGGUGAACAUUGACAUCUGCAGCAGCGCGGAGACAGUGUCCGCCAAAUUCCAGCUAGUUGAUCUCGCUGGUUCGGAGAGGGCGAGCAAGACGAAAGCCACGGGAGAGCGAUUCAAGGAGGGCGUGAAGAUCAAUCAAGGACUCCUGUGCCUGGGCAACGUGAUCUCCGCCUUGGGAAGCGGGAAUCAGCAGGGGAAUUUCGUCUCCUACAGAGACUCUAAGCUGACUCGAUUGCUUCAAGGCUCUCUUGGAGGGAAUUCCGUCACGCUGAUGAUUGCUUGCGUGAGUCCGGCGGAUUACAAUCUUGAGGAGACAGUGAGCACUCUGAGAUACGCAAAUCGGGCGAAGAAGAUCAAGAAUAAGCCCGUGGUCAAUCGUGAUCCCAACCUUGCUGAACUUAUGGAGCUGAGGAAGACUGUUCAGCAACUGCAAUUGAAACUGUUGGCCAACAAUGGGCCUCAAGGCAGUGUUGUAACUGUGACUGCGGAGGAUUCCAAUCUUAGGCGAGAGUUGAUUUUUGCCAAUGAGAGAAACAUAAAAUUGCAGCGAGAAUUUCAGGCAACGCUGAAUGAUCUGGCAGACUUCCAGAUGAAGUGUGUGAUGGCAGAGAAUAUCAAUGAGGAAGUGCUGAAGUUGGUGGAGGAGCUGCGAAAAGGGACCGAUGAAUAUUCCACGACAUACCUUCAGGCCGAUGCGGAAGCGUCGCUGGAGCAACAGGUGUGUGCUUUUGAGAAGAUCAAGGGCAUUGUGGGCAGCAUCAGUCAAUGCAUGAUGCAGCACAAGGAGGAAGUGGAUCGCAUGAAUGAGACCGCCAAGAGUUUCUCACUGGAUCUCAUCGCGAGGGACUCUGUGGACACUGUGGAGAUGCAGCAAAAGCUGGAGGCGUGCACAACGAAGCAGGUGAGCUUCAGCAAUGAGCUGAGGAAUCUCAAUCUGCAGCUGGCGCAGAAGGAGGAGCUGCACAAGAAGUGCGUGGAGAAUCUUAUGCGCGAGGAAGUGCGAGAUUAUGAGUCAAAGAUCAAUGCGUUGGAACAUGAGCGCGAGGAGUUGCUUUCGAUGCUGGAGAAUGUGAAGAAGACCACGGCUUCUGCCAAGCUGGCUGAGGUGCGCCGGAAGCGACUGCAGACGCUGGAGCAGGAGAUGGCGGACACUAAGAAGAAGAUGCUCCAGCAGGCGAAGUUGCUGAAGGUGCGCGAGAGAGAUUCUCAGAAGGUGGUUACACUCACGCAGGAGAUCCAGCAGAUGCGUCAGGCUAAAGUGAAGCUGAUCCGAGCGAUGAGGGCGGAGAAUGAGAAUUUCAGGAACUGGAAGCAGGCUCGGGAGAAGGAGAUGUGCCAGCUGAAGGAGAAAGAUCGCAAGCGUGAGAAUGAGAUGAAGAGAAUGGCGGCGAUUCACAACAAGCAGAGCAACGUGCUGAAGCGGAAGUUCGAGGAGGCUGUGGCCAAGGCGAAGCGUCUCGAGGAGACUCUGGAUCGACAGAGAACUGUCCAGGCGAUGCGCAAGGGCAACAUCAGCAAGAUCGGAGUGGACAACAUUACCACUUGGCUGGACCAUGAGAUUGAGCUGAUGAUGAACACAGUGGAUGCAAAAGUGUCACUGGAUCAUCUGAUGGAGGAUCGCGGCAUGGUGACGAUGCGUCUCAAUGAGACUCGUGCUUUGCCAGAUCCCAAUCUCGAUGAAGUGGCAGAGCUCGAGGAGGAUCUGCAGCUGAGGAACGCCCAGAUCACUGAUCUCCAGCAAAAGACAAUGAACUUCAAUGUGACCACGAAGGCAAAGACCAUCUCUGAUGGCAUUGUGAGUCUCCAGGACGCUCGCGUUGGUAUAAAACACAUCUUUGGCAUUCUGGCGGAUCUUCGUCGUGAUAAUGCGCAGAAGGACACCGUGUGUGAUUCCUACAAGACCGAAGUUGAGGAGCUGAGAGAGAAAGUAGAGAAGAUGGAGAACGAACUCAAGGAGAGCAAGCGCACUCAUGCAAUUGAGCUGAAUGAGGCGGACAAGAAUUAUCAGGAGAAGAUCUCUAUUGUCUUGAGGAACAUCCAGGAUGGUGGAUUAAAUACUUCUGGGCGAGUUAAGGAAAUUGAUACAGCUCUUUUGGACAAUUAUGAUGAAUUGCGACAGAAAUACGACACUUUAAAGACCGUUGAACAGGAAUUGAGAGCCGAAGUUGAGAGCUUGAAGCAACCGAAACGCAAGAAGAGCUAUCAACCUCCUGUUCAGAUGAAUCGCACAAUGGACAUAUUUACGGAAUCCGAGUCCGAGUCUGAGGAAGAACAAGACAACUCCAGUGAUGUUGAGUGGAGAUUGACUCCAUUUAUGAAGAAGACGAGACACAUCACUUCGGAGAGGAGCUCCAAUGAGGGACAAAACAAAAGGAAGAGAAAGUCUGACAACUCGACAUCUACAAUGUGCAGUUGCAAGACGGACUGCUCAAAGAAUAUAUGUGGCUGUCGCCGUGGGAGCAAAGAUUGCUCAGACAAGUGUCGUUGCUCGUCAACUUGUGUUAAUAAAUCAGCGAACAAGAGCGAAGUGUCCAGCACGAAUGAAGACUUGCCUGAAGCAGGAGAUGAAGAUGAUAAGGAGAACACGCCAGUGAAGAAAUCAAAGAGCGAUCCAGAAUUCAAGGAACCAGAUCACCUAACUCCGUAUCCUUAUAAGAACAAAAAGCGCACAUUUUAUGAGUGAACGCAGAUGCCAGUCUUGAGUGGUCGUC